UGAUAUCCAAGGCACCUUAUAGGCCCAAACAAUAGUAAAUUAAAAGCACAACACUUGUCAAUACUAACACCCGCAAGAUAUGAGCGUGCUGUUCACGCACAAACUUCCCCUAGUAUUUUCAGAAGUUGGUGACGUAAACGGCGCGUGAGAAUAUCCUCGACCACAACAUCAAUAUCGAGCCGACAAAGCAAAAAAAAAAAAAAAGAUGAACAUAACUCUCUCUCUCUCUAUCUAUCUCUGUCUUCACGCUAAUUCUGUGUUCUUUCUUUCAUCAUCUCCGUCUCUUUCGGUUGAUUCGCUUGACACUUUCCUAAUCUAUCUAUCUAUCUUUACCUUAAAAUCAGUAAUCAGUGUAAGCUUAAAAGGGUCACUCUGAUCCUACCACUAAUAUCAAUUUGUUCGUCCGUUGAUUUUCAAUUUGUGUUUGGGUAUCUGAGGUUUGUGUUAGGAAAUGUAUCCCUGUGGUUACGUUGCUGAAGUCACCAACUUGUCUCCUCGAGCCACUGAAAAAGAUGUUCAGAGUUUCUUCUCUCAUUGUGGAAUCGUUGAGCUCGUCGAGAUCACUGGAUGCCAAGGAGAUGAUGCGUUAACGGCUUAUGUAACGUUCAGAGAUGCGUAUGCUCUAGAUAUGGCCUUGUUACUUACCGGAGCUACGAUCGUUGAUCAAACCGUGUGGAUAUCCAUGUACGGUGUCUACCUACACGAAUCUAACAAUCUCACACGAGAAGAAGAUUAUACUGUAACGGUGACUCAAAGCCACGCGGACGCAUUUGCUUCAUCGCCUGGAGAAGCGGUAACCAUUGCUCAACAAGUCGUCAAGACAAUGAUAUCUAAAGGCUACGUCCUAAGCAAAGAUGCCAUCGGUAAAGCCAAAGCUUUGGACGAGUCUCAGGGAUUCUCAAGCUUGGUAGCCAACAAACUGGCUGAGAUUGGUCGUUACAUUGGCCUCACACAGAACAUUCAGUCGAGCAUGGAAGUGGUGAGAUCAGCGGACGACAAGUAUCAUUUCUCUGAUUUCACUAAAUCAGCCGUUCUUGUCACGGGCACGGCUGCUGUGGCUGCAGCCACCAUUACAGGGAAAGUGGCUGCUUCUGCUGCGACCACUGUAGUCAACAGUCGAUAUUUCGCUAAUGGGGCUUUAUGGUUCUCAGAUGCUUUGGGCCGGGCUGCAAAAGCUGCGGCCCAUAUGGGUGGUGGUGGAAGCAGUUGAUUAUUUAUGUAUAUGUGGUUUUAAGCCAUAAAGAUGUUGGAAUAAAAAAAAUCAUAAAUGUAUAAUUAGUACCAUUACAUGAUUUCCCUGUAUGCUAUAUGGGAAAUUGUAAGAGUUUAUAUAUACAUGAAGGGGAACAUAUAUGAGUAAAUAUAUAUCAGCCUAAACUUAUUUUUUAUUAAAAA